AUGGUUGAUGCGUAUACCUGCACAGCCGGUGCUGAAGAUCCGCUUGUCCCUGCGAGACCGCCAGUCAGCUUCCACGAUACAUUAUGGCGACGAGCACGGCGAACCCCAGCACCACGGGGAAGAGGGUCAAUGUCCUCGUCUACUCUGUUCUCAGGAGAUGGAACCACCGUCGAAUCUGUCCGCCACUGCCUCUACACCCUCCGCCGUCUCCUAGCCUCCCGUUAUGCUGUAAUCCCUGUUACAGCAGACAUGCUCAUCAAGGAGCCAUGGACACUUACGUGUGCCUUACUCGUUAUUCCCGGUGGCGCGGACCUAGGCUACUGCCGCGCGCUCAAUGGUGCAGGUAAUCGCAGGAUCGAACAAUUCGUUCGCCGCGGAGGCGCUUACCUUGGUUUUUGUGCCGGGGGAUACUAUGGGACUAAACGCUGCGAGUUCGAGCUCGGCGAUAAAACAAUGGAGGUUAUUGGGGAGCGCGAGCUAGCUUUCUAUCCAGGCAUUUGUCGCGGAGGGGCUUUUAAGGGCUUCGUCUACCAUAGCGAGGUGGGCGCAAGGGCUGCGGAGCUGACGGUUUCGAAGGAUGCACUAAGCGCUGGUGUAAUCCCGUCGAGUUUUCGGUCAUACUAUAAUGGUGGUGGGGUGUUUGUCGAUGCGCCGUUGUAUGCGGAUAGAGGCGUUGAGGUUCUUGCGAGCUACGCGGAGCGUCUCAACGUGAAUCCGGGUUCUGGCGCUGCGGCGGUGGUGUAUUGUCCUGUUGGCGAUGGCGCGGCAAUUUUGACUGGGCCACAUCCUGAAUUUGCGGCCGUUAACCUCAAUCCGAAAGCUGGAGGUCCCGAAUACGCUGAAGUAGUCGAGGCUUUGGCAGCGGACGACAAGGCCCGUACCGACUUCCUGAAGGCUUGUCUGUCCAAGCUAGGGUUGCAGGUGGCGCAGGAAACAACGCAUGUACCCUCUCUAUCGUCUCUGCAUUUCUCGUCUUUGUCAUCUGGUGAUGCAGAACGAGUGCUAAAAUCGCUUGAAGAACUAGCUGGCGACGAGGGCCUUUUCAAAGACGAGUACGACACCUUUAGAAUCGAGAAGUGGGGUACGUAUAAUAUGGGGGCCCUCACAGAGUCACUUCCUGAAUCCAAGGAAGCCUCAUCGGAACUUCAUGAGAGUGAAGGAAUUGUGGAUUACCAGUCAAUCGUCAAACGCAUCAUUGUUCAUGAAGAUGUCCCGUCGUCAAAAACAACACCAUACUUCAACCAUCAUGCCUUUUACAGCCAUCUGCGGGACUAUCAGGCGCAGUCGAAGGAAGGUGCUUCGCUUUUCGGCUCAAAUCUCUUAUAUGGCGAAGUCGUUACCAGCACCAACACUAUUCUUGAAAGAAAUGCCAAGAUCCUCCGCAAAUUGCCCACGGGCACAACUGCAACCGCUACUACCCAAGUAGCAGGACGAGGACGAGGAUCCAACGUCUGGGUCUCCCCAGCCGGGUCUCUCAUGUUCUCAACUGUAGUACGCCACCCAAUGGAGAAAAUGCAGUCUGCUCCGGUCGUCCUCAUCCAGUACCUCGCCGCGUUGGCAGUAGUUCAGGGCGUACGUAGUUACGAUGAGGGCUAUGACGCCGUGCCAGUCAAGCUGAAAUGGCCCAAUGAUAUCUACGCGUUGGACCCCGGCGAACCUGAACACAAGAAACAAUACACCAAGAUCUGCGGCAUCCUUGUCAACUCCCAAUACUCUUCUAAUGAAUAUACCUCUGUCGUCGGCAUCGGCGUUAACGCCACCAACGCCUCCCCAACAACGUCCCUGACAGCCCUGGCUGCUCGCUUUGUAGGCCACAAGGCGGCUCCUAUUACCCUUGAGAAACUCCUCGCGCGUAUUCUGACUGUCUUUGAAGACCUUUAUACUCGGUUCCUCCGCACAGGCUUCGACAGAAGUUUCGAGGAGAUGUACUACGAGGCCUGGCUGCAUACCAACCAGAUCGUUACGCUUGAGGCUGAGGGAGGUACCAGGGCGAGAAUCAAGGGAGUUACACGUGAUUAUGGGUUGCUCCUUGCUGAAGAACUUAGUUGGGAUGACCGGCCUACGGGAAGAGUGUGGCAGCUGCAGAGUGAUAGUAAUAGCUUCGAUUUUAUGAAGGGUUUGUUGAAGAGGAAAGUUAAUUGA